GCAGCCAAUGGUGGUGGCGGAGCGCGCGGCGCGUCGUUCAAAGCGGCGGUGGCGGAGGGCUCUCUCCGCUGCUCAGCGCGCGGUGAAUCCCGCGGAGCGCAGCGCUUCCUUCCGCGUCUCCUCCCGCGUCUCCUUCCGCCGAGGCCCCCCCGCCCCCGAUCUUGAGGGAGACGCCGUGCCGCCACGCGUUAAUUGCAGGUAAAUAACCGAAACGCCUUCAGGGACGAAAGAUUGUGGCAAAAGUGUUGUUUUCCGGCACAAAUAAGGGCGUUUGUAGGAAAAGGAGGAGGCGAGGGGGGCGCCAGGCUCUUCUCCCAAGGAACAAGGGGCAGAAGGAGAGGAAUCGGCCUCAAGUUGCACCAGGAGGGGUUAAACUGGAUAUUAACAGAGAGUUCUUCACUUGGAGUGGAGAAGAAAUAAGCUUGACCAAGAACUGGAACAAGAUGGCAUCUGUGCUCCAAAAUGUCAAGGCAACAAUGGCCUGGCGGAAACACCAGCUUCUAGCUGACUUUGAUGAGAAUGAGAGCCCUGUCCCUGACAAAUUCAGGACAAGGGCUGCUUUGAGUUCCCUCAAUACCAUUCGCAUGUCUCUGAGGAAGCGAAUACCGCUGAAGCAAGUAGAGCUGAAUUGUCAUAAGAGCCCAACUUGGGAAAAUCUGGAAGCAAGACAGAAACGCCACACUCUUCAGAGUAUUAAAAGAACAGCAAAAAAUGCUUUUGGAACAGUGUCCCAGAAAAUACAGAAGUCUUGCCAAAGCCCAGUACGCUCAAUGGUGACCUUUCCACCUGAAUCAAUCAGCAGAAGCGGUGCAACCAGUUCUACAAAGAAAAGAAGUACUGGGCCUCGAACCCCUUGCCGUAAGAAGAGUGCAGCCAGUUCCAAAAGCACCCCACGAUCCAGCAAAAGAGCCUCGCUUGGGCCAACAAGGGUGUCAGAACAUGGAGAACGGAGGGGGUUCUCAUCCUGGCUUGAUAAAGAUUCCGUCUCUCUCCGAAGAUCAAGAAGAGCAGCAGCACUGAAAAGCCCUUAUUCAUCACCUGCUUCUGCCAGUAGAAAGAUAGAGUUUGACUGCGAGUUGGAGCUGAUCUCCUCAGGGAUUUGCCAACUGAAGCGGUUCUCCCAGGCAUUUGAUGAUGCCAUUGCGGAAGAGGAAAGGCAACACGCCAUAUCAAACUACUACCAUCUAAUGGCACAGAACUUCCAGUCUGCACGUCAAACUCGGAAACUUUCCCAAGCUCUCAGAAGGCGAGCAAAGAAACUCCACCAAGUGCUUGGUACUUAGGCAGGGAUGGCUGUAAAUAUUGUUAGUUUAUGUGCGUAUAUAAAGGAGAGCUGAGGUGCACUCUGUACAUUGUAGAAAUCAUUACAUUUUAUAAUAUUUCUUGACAAAGCGGCUCAGUUCUUCCCUUCCCUUGCUUGAGGAGAAUCAAAAUUGUACCAGAGUGUAAUAUCUCCUGCUGAGGUGAGGGACCAUCUUAAGUUCUUCGAAACUUAGGUUGAACUGACCAGUAGGAGUGGCCAGAACACAAGCCGCGGACUUACGAAGGGCGAUCACAGGUAACGGCAGUAGCUAGACUUGUAUCUAAUUGCCAUAAGUUUUAGUAUAAGUACUUUGCCUGCUAGAAGUACUGGGGUAUUAUUUUGAAAGCCUGGAUUUUUUUUUUUAAGCAUCAGGUUUAUCUGGAAGUUAAUUAAAUAGUGGCUUGUUUGCGUUCCGAGCACAACUGCCAUUCCAAGGCAGCAGGGUUCUGUGGUGUCACUAAUACCACAUGAGGAGCCACAUUAGGAUUCUUAAGGAUUGCUAUUAGAUUAGCCUAACUAAUCCUGUUUUAAGUAACUUUGUCACUUCUUGCUGCUGCUUUAAACAGCAUCUUGGCAGCUGACUAAACACUACUGUUGUAUUACAUAUCUGUCUUUUUGUUAUACCCAGAAAUUGGUUUCUACAAUUAAUGUAACCUCUCACAACUAUUAUAUUGGCUAAUAUCACACUGCAAGUAUUUUAUUUGAAGUACGCUAAUCAUUUCAUACUGUAUUUUGCUUAUAUUAUUAGUUUUCAAAAGUAACUUUCAUUUGAUGAGCCUUUUUGGUAGGUGAUUCAAGUAAUAAGAGUUUAGUCUGU